AUGGCUGUUUUCGCACUGCUGGAGCGAUUGGCUCCUCUGAUCGAGAGGGAGGUAAAUCUGGUCCUCGAAUCCAAAAAGGAAGUGGAAAAUCUUAGUGGGAAGUUGAAGAAGAUCCAGGAGAUAUUUUUAGAGAAACGGCAUAGUGCAAUCCAGCAAAUCGAGUGUCGACAGUUUUUUUGCUUUACUCUUGUUCAAUCUAAUUCGGCGAUGUCUGUUUUCGCACUGCUGGAGCGAUUGGCUCCUCUGAUCCAGAGGGAGGAAUUUAAGCGAAUCGAAUCGACUUCUUCUGUUGAUUCUGCAAGUGUAUAUGGUCGCAGUAUUGAUAAGCAAAACCUCAUACAAAAUUUGUUAACUGAGGGGGACAGUGGAGUCGAGAUUGUUUCGAUAGCGGGGACGGGAGGGGUUGGUUGGAAUAUGAAUUCAAUUCCUCAAGGAGUGGAGAGAUUAACCGGUCUAUGGAUUUUGAGCAGUUUUAAUGUAGGAAGAGGAUCAGGAAAGUUGGGAUAUUUGAGAAAACUAAACCAACUUCGAGGAUCUCUAGAACUUAUUCUAGGAGACUUGAGUGAGUUAGAAGACUUGGAUGACGCUAAGAAAGCAGAAUUGAAAAAUAAGAAAUACAUUCAAAAGUUGAGCAUAACUUUUCGUGGGGAGGUGAGGGUGGACAUAAUGGAGGCUCUUCAACCACCUCCAAACCUGCAUUAUUUUCGAAUGUGUGGAUACAAGGGCACCCAUUUGCCAGUAUGGAUCACCUCGUCCGUUAAUUAUUUAAGGGUGCUUGUUAUAGAAUAUUUUGAGAAGUGCUCAUCUUUGCCCCCUUUGGGAAAACUGCCGAAGCUUGAGGAGCUUAAGAUAUUAUGGAUGCGUAGCAUGAAAUACGUGGGCAAUGAAUUCUUGGGGAUAAUGGGGACUACCCAGAAAAUAUCGUCUGCGGAAACUAGAUUCCCGAAGUUGAGGAAAUUGUGUAUUUACCGUUGUGACAACUGGGAAAAGUGGGAGGAUAUAACUGGAGAUGAAAAAGACCAUCUCUCAAUAAUGCCUUGUCUCAGGGAGUUAGAAAUCGUUGAUUGCAACAAGUUAAAGGCAUUGCCACAUUGCCUCCUUCGUAUGGCAUCGUCUCUGGAGUAUUUGACUGUUAAGAGCUCCUUAUGUCUAGCUUCACUGUACGGGGACAGGACUGGAGACGAAUGGGACAAGAUAUCUCACAUUCCUCACAUUAAGGUAGACAGUUUGGAAGAUAUAAACAGGAAGAGAUUGUCGUCGCAAUGA